CACAGCGCAUGUCCGCGGAGGGCCGUCACGUUGAGCUGCCCGGUCCAAUGAGACAGAAACUUUUCCAACAGAGAUUUGUAAGAUGGCGACCGCCGAACCGGAAAUCAACCCUAUUGCACCCCAUGCUGAUGAAGAUGGAGUUGAGGAGACGGGACAGGAGCUAGUGAACCCAGAGUCCUACAUCAAACACCCCCUCCAGAACAGCUGGUCCCUGUGGUUCUUCAAGAAUGACAAGAGCAAAACAUGGCAGGCAAACCUGCGGCUCAUCUCCAAGUUCGACACAGUUGAAGAUUUCUGGGCUCUCUACAACCAUAUCCAGUUGUCAAGCAACCUCAUGUCAGGCUGUGAUUACUCCCUCUUUAAGGUAGGUUUGAUUUGUUUACCAUGUAUGUGA